AUGGCCACAAAACUCCUGUCACGCUUUGCUUGGGCUACCAGCCCUUUCAUUGUAAGCGCUCCUAUGCGUGUUAUGUCCAGUCCAGCCCUGGCAUUCGCUGUAUCUCAGGCAGGCGGUUUGGGCUUCAUUGGCCCCGGAGCUAAGACGCAAGACACCGAGACCGAUCUUGAAGAAGCAAAAAAGCUCGUGGAGAAAGCCAAGACCUCGUCGAAUUCCUUUGGGGAAUCUUCGCGCGGUGAUCAGCCAACAUUACCGGUGGGUAUCGGCUACCAGUUGUGGGGAGACGACAUCGAAGUCGCCGUCAGAGCCAUCGAGCGCUUCAGACCCUGUGCUGCGUGGCUUUACGCUCCAAAGAACGGUCCACAAGAUUUUGACGAUUGGUCCCGUCGAAUCCGACAAGCAUCACCAAAGACCGAAAUCUGGAUUCAGAUAGGUACUUUGGCAGAGGCAAGGCAACUUCUUCAAAAUUCAGAAAAGCCUGAUGUCGUGGUCGUCCAGGGAGCAGAGUCGGGAGGCCAUGGACGGGCAAAAGAUGGACUUGGCUUGAUGACCCUGUUCCCUGAGGUCGCAGAUGUCAUGAAGGGGAGCGAGAUCAAUCUAUUGGCGGCUGGAGGCAUUGCCGAUGGGCGAGGAGUUGCCGCCGCCCUGUGUCUUGGGGCGUCGGGUGUCGCGAUGGGCACUCGAUUCCUAGCUGCGACUGAGGCUCGAAUCAGCAAAGGAUAUCAGGAGGAGAUCGUUCGGGCUUCAGAUGGGGCCGUCUCGACGACACGAACCUUGUUGUAUAACCACCUUCGGGGUACCUUCGGAUGGCCUCCGGAGUACAGUCCAAGAACUAUUAUAAAUAAAUCAUAUGAGGAGCACACGGCAGGACGGGCCUUUGACGAUCUCAAAGCGCUGCACGACGAGGCCUUGAAAGGCGGGGAUAGUGCCUGGGGACCAGAGGGUCGAACAGCAACGUAUGCAGGAGCUGCCAUCGGCCUGAUUCACGAUGUUGCGAGCGCAGGCGAGAUUGUCCAUCACAUUCGGGAAGAAGCGCGCAGCAGGUUGCAGUGUCUGGCUUCAGACUAG